CCGCCCUGGCAAUUUUGGUCUAGAACUACCAUUGCUUUGUAUAGAAAGAAGUGUGUGUUGUCCAUAAUUUGCUGAAGUGUGUGUGUGCGUGUGAGUGUGCAUGUGUGUUUUUAUCUUUACUCUGCUAUUGCAGCAAACAGGGUGAUCACUGAUGAAGAGAGGAAGAGAAUGGAUGGAUCUUUCAAAUCACUUGGUAACCUUGCUCUCACGGACUUGUGUGUGGCUGUGGAUCGAGCAGAAUCGGGUGACCAGUGGAAGGCCGAUCUCAGCUGGAGCCUGCAGCAGGGGAUGGAGCAAGGUCCACACAAGUUCCUGAUCUCCUACUACAGUGAAGGGGCUGUACCACAGACCAUCUCUACAGAGUCCUGCUGUGCGACUCUUACAGGCUUGCAGCCAGACACUCAGUACACUGCCAGUGUCUGCACUGAGACCCAGAGGAGCGAGAAGAUUGCCACUGUAUCUGCCACCUUCCACACAAGUGAGUGGAGGAUUGUUCUUCUGGGAAAAUCUGGAGAUGGCAAAAGCAGCACCGGCAACACCAUCCUGGGGGAAGAGGUCUUCGAAGUGAAGAGUUCACCGUGUGCUGUGACGAACAGGUGUGAAGAUCGCAGCAAAACAGUCAACGGGAGGAAGAUCACCCUGAUUGACACUCCAGGUUUCCUUGACCCAAUAACCAAAAGGGACAUAGAACCGGAGAUAACAAAAUGCCUCACAUUAAGCUCCCCAGGACCUCACGCAUUCAUCAUGGUGCUAAAAGCAGCGAGGUUCACGCAGGGACAAAUGGACAUUCUCAACAAGAUUCUGGAAUUAUUCACAAGCGAAGUUUUUAAGCAUGCACUGAUAGUCUUUACGUUUGGCGAAGAGCUGAGAGUGCGGGGUCAGACCAUUAAGCAGUUCCUUGAGCAGUGCAGUAAUCAGGACUCUGAGAAAAAAGACGCCACACUGCAAGCUCUUGUAAAGAAAUGCGGUGACCGCUACCAUGUUAUAGACAACCGGUACUGGCAGGAGGAACAGAGGGGUGAAUAUUGCAACAGAAGGCAGAUAGAGAAACUGUUUGACACCAUAGGGGAGAUGGUGCAGAGGAAUAGUGGCAGGUAUUACACUGAAGAUCAAGGUGAAGGGAUAACCGGAGUACUGAAGGGACUGAAGGACGUGCUCACUAAACUAUUUGAUGUGGGAAGGUUGCAUUCCGAAGCACAAAAAUAACCGACAAACAAUGAAUUAAUGUGGACUUGAUAACAAUGGUCACCUCAUAUAAUUUAACUAACAAAAUCUCUUGUCUGCGCGGGCAGCGCGGAGGGGUGGAAAGCCUUUCGCCGUACACCUACCCCUCUGUCUGAACAUGAAUGGAGAUGCCACUACCCCUACGUGUGGGCACGCAAAACAGAAGGGAAGGGCAAAGGCGUAGGGUUAAAGGGUGUAAUGGGAUUAACCUUAAGUCACUUCAAUAGCAAUAAGUGACAACGUGAGACAUUAAUAGCAAUAAGUGACCACGUCAGAUAAUGCAAACUCAACUGUAAAUGGCACUUUAUUUAAAACUGUAUUAAACUUGA